UCAUUUACCUUGAAAAAUUAUUUCCUCUUAGAUAUAAAAAAGACAAUAUAAUUAAAAUAUUGGCAAAAUUUCUCACCGUCGUUAUUGCAGCGCGAUUGCGAUUUUGCAUUUUUCUCAUCAAAGAAAAACGGGACGAAGGACGUCGAAGUGAGAGCGCUGGAAGGAGAGAGGAGAGUAAAAGUCUCUCUUUCUUUCUUCCUCUUUCUUUUUCUUUCUCUUUCCCUCUCUUGUCUCCUCGAUCAUCAUUCUCGACGAGUGUUCGUCGAUGAAAAGUGAUGGCGAAAGUGGGAUUUGCGUGUGGUAAUAGUGGGGAUCUGCGUGGUAUACCCAGCGGACGAGUAGCCGAAGAGCUGCAGUUUCACGAGGGCGACCUCGGGUCAUUCCAAAGAGGGACCAAAAAUUUAAUAGCCUAAUUUAGCCGUCCGCUCGUUUAAGUGAAUCUUAGUGCGAUCUAGGAUCAUCUCGCAACAAACCUAACAAGAAUUCAAGCAAAACCGAAAGAAUGUUCACGGUUGGAAUCGUCACGUUGAUAAGCGCAAUCGCGCUGACACAUGCCGCGUUCAAUUGCCCGAACAAGGACGGUCAAUACGAGGACAGCAGGCAAUGCGACAAGUAUUACGAAUGCAUCGACGGUGCGGCAACGGAGAAGCUGUGCCCGGACGGUCUCGUGUUCGAUCCUUUGAAUCGCAAGGUUAAUAAGUGCGACCACGUCUUCAACGUCGACUGCGGCGACCGUCUCGAAUUACAACCUCCACAACCAACAAAAAAGUGUCCACGACGUAACGGUUUCUUCGCCCAUCCCGACCCGACAGUGUGCAACGUCUUCUACAAUUGCAUCGACGGUGAAGCAAUCGAGAUUACCUGCACCACCGGGUUGCACUUCGACGAGUACAGCGGAACUUGCGUGUGGCCGGACAGCGCGGGUCGCGAGGGCUGCGGAGUCUUGGGCAAGAAGCUACAGGAUGGUUUUGAAUGCCCAAGUGAGAGCCAGGUCGAUAGCAGAGGCAUGUUAGUUGACCAUCCCAAAUUUGCGCAUCCCGAGGACUGUCAGAAGUUCUACGUAUGCCUGAACGGUGUGACGCCGCGUGAGCAAGGCUGCAGCGAUGGCACUGUCUACAAUGAGGAACAGCAGAGGUGCGAUGCACCCGAGAACGUCCCCGGAUGCGAGGACUGGUACAAGGACGACGACAAGAAGCCGUGAGGAAGUCGUUCCACGCUCAUCUGUCCCGCAUCGGGACGCCGCACAUUCACUUUAAUCACGUGUCACCCCCUUCGCCCAGAGUGUAACUCCAUGUGUGUGUUUAGCCAUUUGAAUGUCUUGGAAUACAUUUUAUUUUUACUUUA